GAGGGGGAGCGGCUCUUUCUCGUAGCGGCACUGAGGAAGAAUGCGGAGGCCGGGGGAGACCGACUGGGGGUCCCCGCCUCCUUCCCAAGCGUGGCUUCGGUGUAGAAACUCUCUUGGCGCCGGCGAUGACGGCGAUAUUAAAGAGCGUGUCAGGAUUUCUCCGGCGCAUUAAGCCCAUUCCUGGGAGAAGCCAGAGCUUUGUCUGACUCCAGUGGGCAGCUGUUGGCUUAUUACCCGCACCAAUCGCACCUACUGUCUUCUGUCAUCUGUGCAUAUUUUUAAAGUUAAUUUCAAAGGGGCUUUGGUUAUUUUCUUUUAUAGAUGGGCUUAAAUGUUCAUGGCAUAUUCUUCCUCUCUUCCGUACUUUGAGGGACUUUGCUUCUUACUGGAGUGCCUGCAACCGUUUUUGGAAUUCCUACCCUAUAUAAAUUAUUAUUUUUAUUUAUUAGUCCACGUUUCUCACUGAGACCUGACAAGUCUUCUCCACUAAUCAAUGUCCGGAAAUGGUGACAGCUCCGUUACAAGUCCCUCUGAGGGAUCUCUGCCUGCAGUUGAAAUCCUGCCUGAGCAGCCAAAGUAUGUGUGUACGCUCUCCACAGAACUUAUCGCCAAGGCACGAGAAGAAUUGCAGGAAAAACCAGAGUGGCGACUUCGAGAUGUGCAAGCACUCAGAGACAUGGUGUGCAAAGACUAUCCUAACCUUGGGACAUGUUUAGAUGAUGCUUUCUUGCUCAGGUUCCUCAGAGCCAGGAAAUUUGAUUAUGAUCGGGCGCUUCAGCUUCUUGUGAACUACCACUGCUGCAGGCGGAGCUGGCCUGAAGUCUUUACUAACCUGAAACCAUCUGCUAUAAAGCCUGUGUUAGAAUCUGGGUUUGUCACUGUGCUUCCUCACUUAGACUCUGAAGGCCGUCAUGUAGUCUGCAUUCGCCCAGACAGAUGGACACCAAGUAACUACCCAAUUACUGAGAACAUUCGUGCCAUUUACUUAACCCUGGAAAAGCUCAUUCAGUCUGAAGAGACUCAGGUGAAUGGAAUUGUGAUCCUUGCAGACUACAAAGGAGUCAGCUUAUCUAAGGCCUCCCAUUUUGGUCCCUUUAUAGCCAAAAAGGUGAUUGGAAUUCUUCAGGAUGGCUUCCCUAUUAGAAUAAAAGCUGUCAACAUAAUAAAUGAACCUCGCAUAUUCAAGGGCAUUUUUGCUAUCAUCAAACCUUUUCUGAAAGAGAAAAUAGCGAAUCGGUUUUUUCUCCAUGGGUCAGACAUGAGCUCUCUUCAUCGCAACCUUCCACCCUGGAUCCUCCCUGAAGAAUACGGGGGCACUGCAGGGAGCUUGAAUCUCUCUGCCUGGAACGACCUGUUGCUGGCUUCGGAGGGUGACUUUUUGUAUGACGUCUCUCAGCUGGGUCCCUCCAGUAACCCUUCACCCGAUGCCCCAUUAAUGAGUGCAGAGGUUGACGAGAAGCAGUGCGAUGACUCCUUGAGAAGCCUGAAAACACAGCUCUAUUACUGCUAUUAAAUGGGCAGGGACCACUUGCUAAAGGUCUCUUUCUUGAUCUUAAAGGGAUUAUGAAUUCUGCCUUGUCCUUAAAACUGAAGCUUUGAGGCACUUUACAUUGGAACCAAAGCAAAUUUGGAGACAAAAUGGAGUAAGGUAGAGUUCUGCAAAAAUCUGGUUGACUGAUACCAUUUAGGGCUCAUUUAAAUCUGUGGUUUAGUGACCCUCUUUGUUAAAGAAGCAUCCCUCUGGGAUUCAGUAUCUUACGCCAAUGCAAAUUGAGGGAUUCUAGCACUGUGGUCCUAAAUGCAAUGACUUGAAAGGAAGCUGCAUCAACAUGGAUGGGGCUUGCUUCCAAAUAUGUGAGUUUAGGAUCAAGGUGCUGGAUAUGCUACUGCAGUUAGGUUAUGUAGGAGCAAAACUCUGUGGAGAUGUCAGCCCGCAGUGGUAGGUGUACUCGUGCCUCUGCUAUUUGAUGUUGGCUGACAUAAGGACGAUGGCUGAUAAACUUACAGGAGACCCAUUUUGACUGUCAUAUUCAUACUCUCAUCUUGAUUAUUACUAUCUGAAUUAUUCAGUGGUUUCCACAUGUAAAUGUAAUAGAGCUUUGUCAUUUGCAAGGAGCAUUUACCACUGGGGCAAAAACUUGAACCGGACCUUGGAGCAGAGGGUUAGCAAAUGCAGUUACAAUAAAGCUCUCUGCAAGCAUCUGCUAACCCUACUUAACAAAAAUCUUUGGGCAUUUUCUUGUGAAUUUAUUUAUGCCCAUAUUUGAAUUUGUGCAACAGCUAGGACUAAUAGAGAGAGAGAAAUACUUUGCACAGUUGUUCAGUUGCCAGUCAAUGCCCUGCCGUAGCUGUAAAGGCAGGAGUUGGGGGGGGGCAGAAAAUUGUUAAUAGCUGUAGGUGUAAAGUGGGGGAUGGUAUGCUUGUUUUUAGAGACCUUUAUUUUUGGGAGAGAGGUUUUUUGAAAUAGCCUCUGUAAACCAAAUGUAGACAGGGUAUUCUAUAUAAGCACAACUAUCAAGUUUGUAAAUGUACUUUCUCCCAUGCAGUCCGUGGUGUUUGUCACUUAGACAUCAGUGCUGUAUUGGCCCUGACUUCCUUGUUGAAGGUUUCUUCUGCUUUUGUCUCCAGGGCCAUACCUUUUUGUUCUACAGCAGCACUUUAGAGUCUUCUGUAUGGUUGAAGUUUUAACUUCUCUAACCCCUCCCAUACCCUCCUUUUCAGUUAUCUCACAUGCAGCUAGUUUCUGAUUCACAGAAUUGAAUGGUAGACCUGUGUGAAGUUAAGCGAUUCACAUAACAAGGAAAAGUACAGUACAGGUUGAAACCUUAAUAGGAACUGAAAACCCUGAAUGCACUGCCUGCUGUUCUGUAUUUGUAGGGAAGCAGGUCAUCAUUAUUUUCAACACCUCAUAAUUAUAGCACUUUCAAAAUUUGGGGGGGGGAGGAUGGGGGGGCAUUUACAUAGUGCCAACAACAGACCAGAGACUGGUGCUUAUUGUAAAUAUAAGGUCUUCAGAAAUGGGACCAUUUUACUGUGUGUGCCAAACUGUAGCUUCCUUUUUUGUUUCGAAAUCCUGUAACAACCUUCCACUGUACUACCAAAAGGGAGAGACAAUUCACUUAGCCUCUGAUGCGCUGCUUGAACUAGUCUUCGCUCCCUGCACCCACUCCCCGUAAACCCUUGACUUUCAUAUAUGAUAUUGUGUUAAUCAUCGAACCAGGACACAAAGCUGUUCUGGAAUAUUUAGUGGCAGUCUCUUGAGGUUGCAGGUGAGUCAUAGACUUUUGUCUCUUCCCAGCCCCCCUUCUCAAAUAAGGUUUCCAGUGUGGCUAUUUUUCUGUAGGGAAAAGGCAUGGACACCAUCAGAAAUGGUGGUUGCUUUAUAGACAUACCCCAAAACGGCCGUGCUAAACCAGCAUGAGAGGGUAGGAGGAUUGAGCAUCUUUUUCUUAGAAGUAAUAGGAAGGUACAGUUUUCUGAAGUAGCGCUAAUCAUACUUGAGCCCCACAAAGUGGGCCCCGACACCAAGCACUGAGAACGUGAUGGAGGUUAAGGGAACUUUUAAUGUGUUGAGAGUCUUCACUAAUCUGACACACUAAAAAUAAGUAUGAGCCCUCUAGUAUGCCUUUGUAGUAGUAAAAGGUUUGGUGUAUAACUACCUCCCUAAAGCUGAGCUUAAGCUAAUAUGUGAAAAGUGAAGUAGGUGGGGGAAGCUACUGUAAGAAAAGCACUUCUUGCUUAUUCCUCCCAAGCUGUGCAAGACCUGCUUUAAGCAUGCAGCUGGCGAGCAAGAACUUUCCCGCGUGGCUGUACACAUGCCCAGUGUCUCCUUUUAAGGGGGUCAGCUCAUGUGCAAUAUUAGCACAGUGGUGGAUCCGGGACAUGAUCACUUUGCAUGUCCAGCUGCUCUGCGUAAGCAACAGUCUGGUUUACAUGAGAUGCUGGUUACGUGUAGGUAAGCUGUUCUUGCUUACUGAAUCACAUUUAAAUCAGGCCUUGGCUAGCAGAAAGGCAGACCCUGCCUUAAGGGUACAGAGCCAAAAAAAAAGGCUUAUGCUUGUGCAGAAAUUGCAGGCUUGACAUGUUUCCUUUAAAAGUCUUCCUCAAGGAUGGAGUUUAACAGCCUUCCCCCCCCCCCCCACACAGCAAACUUUCCAUACUAAAGUGGAAGAAUCCCAAAGAGCAUGUGUUAUGUUCUUAUCCCGAGUUGUCUCUAAAUUCUGCUAGCCUCUGCAUUGUUUUAACGUAAUGGGCUGGGCUCUGUACAUUUUGUUGACUGAGAACAAACUUUUUAGCUCUGCUAGAGACUAGGUUUUCCUUUGCACUGUUCAGGUGCUGCACUACUCCCUCCCAGGUACGUGGAGGCUGUAUUUACCUGUAUCUGGUUACUCUUAUAGGUGUUGUCUUAUUGAUGGGACCCACUCUGAAUCAUCUUCCAUCCAUGGCUCUUCAGACAUCAUGGUUGUUUCUCCUCCGAUACAUGUCAGUUCAGUAAUAUCUGUCCCAGAGUUACCUCCGAGGAACAGUCAGCGUACUGCAGCAUUUAAGGGCAACUGUAUUAUCACUGAGGUGUUAGUAUAGCAAUGACAGCAUUAAAGCCUUAGUUAUUAUACCCCCAUUGAGGCACUGGAAUUUUUUAGUGGAAAAGAAAGCACACCUGGUGUCCCCUCUAGGCUCUUGGGUUAGAAAGUACUUUUGCAGUAUUGACUUGUAUUAGUCAUACCCAGGCCUUAAGAGACAAGGGUAGUCAUACCACAGUUAUCAAAUUGCCUUUAAGACCAGUAACAAAGGAUGUAAGAUAACUGUCUCUGUAGUUAAAAAUACUUGAAUUUAUACUGUGGCUAAACUGGCCUCUAUAAAGCCCGAGGAUUUUCCAAAGGGGGUUGAGGUGCUUUGUUUGUACUAUUCCGUCAAUCAACUUUUAGCAUUUUACUCAAUGGGUUUCCAAUUAACUUGUUUUGCCUUUUGCUGUAUGUAGAAUUCAGGUGUUUGGUUAUAGUAUACACCUUUUGAAAAUUUAUUUUUAUAUUGCAUUUUAUAAAAUGAGUGGUGAAAGUGUUAACUUUAUGCAUGACUGGAUAUUAAAACAAACCUAC